AUGGAAGUUUUGCAUCAAUUAACUACUAAUCAUACUUCAAGUUUAUCUAAUUUGAUAAAUAAUCAUCCAACAAGUUUUUCAUCAAUUUUAAAAGAAGUUGAUAUUACUAAUCAUAGUUUAACUUAUAUUGAAAAAUUAUGGGCCUCAUAUUAUAUUUAUAUGAAUAAUGAUAUUUUAGCUACAGGGUUAUUAUUUUUCAUUACUCAUGAAUUAAUGUAUUUUGGUAGAUGUUUACCAUGGUUUAUUAUUGAUAAAACUCCUUGGUUUAAUCGUUAUAAAAUUCAACCAACAAAAAUUCCUACUAAUCAAGAACAAUGGGAAUGUUUUAAAACGGUUUUAAAACAACAUUUUCUUGUUGAAGCUUUACCUAUUUGGUUAUUCCAUCCAGUAUGUGCUAAAUUAGGUAUUACUUAUGAUGUUCCAUUCCCCAAUUGGAAAAUUCAAGCUAUACAAAUUGCCAUUUUUUUCAUUUGUGAAGAUUUUUGGCAUUUUGUAUUCCAUAGUUUAUUUCAUCAAGGUUGGUUUUAUAAAAAUAUUCAUAAAGUUCAUCAUAAAUAUGCUGCUCCAUUUGGUUUAGCAGCAGAAUAUGCUCAUCCAGUCGAAGUCAUGGCCUUAGGAGUGGGGACGGUGGGGUUCCCUAUUUUAUAUGCUUAUUUGGCCACAGUUUAUACUAAUAUGCCACCACUUCAUUUAUUUACAUUGACAACUUGGAUUGUUUUAAGAUUAUUCCAAGCCGUUGAUUCUCAUUCUGGUUAUGAUUUUCCUUGGUCAUUAAACAAGUUCUUCCCACUUUGGGCUGGUGCUGCUCAUCAUGAUGAACAUCAUCAUUAUUUCAUUGGUAAUUAUGCUAGUUCUUUUACCCUUUGGGAUUGGUUAUUCCAAACUGAAUGUGGUACUUAUGCUAGAAAAAGAAGAGAAAGAAAUAGUCGAGCUAGUGCUGAAAGUAAACAUAAAAAAACUUUAUAG